UGGCAGUAGAGUUGUUCAACUAGACUGAGAAGAAACUGCUUCUGAAUUUCAAGGCCAUGGAGGAGAAGGAGCAGCCUAUAGCAGGGCUUCACUUUGUGGGGAAGAAAGAUGAACUGAUUGAAGCAAAGCGCUCUUUUAGAACAAUAGAGGGUCGAGAUAUACUGAUCAUCAGCCACCAAGACGUCUUUUAUGCUUUGGACUCUUACUGUUAUCAUGCAGGGGGUGAGCUGCAGAAUGGAGACAUUGAGGAUAUCGAUGGCAAGCUGUGCAUAAUUUGUCCGAAUCACAAGUACAAGAUCUCUCUGGCUGAAGGGGAGGGCAUAUACAAGGCCAAAGUCUCAAGGGAAAAUGUGGCCAAAUGGUUCUCAAGGGGUGUGAAGCAGCGGAUCCACAUGGUCACAGAGACCAACGGGGAUGUCUAUGUCAAGCUUUCUGAGGACUGCAGCAAUAUAGAGUCAGACUUCUACCAAGGAGAGAAGGGCAAGGUGGAAAGGGCCAAAGCUGCUAAAAACAACUCAACUGGGGUCCUCUGAUCUCUUCUAAAUGACUACAUGAUGGCUGACAUGCACGUAUGGGCUUUCAAGUGGGUUUAAUUAUUUAAUGAGGUUGGGAGGACACAUUAAAUCAUUUUAAAUUACUUUAAUUGUGCCUUUUUAUUGUUUACAUAAUGAUGAUGUUUAGUUCAAAGUCAAGUCACACAUUGACAUUUUUAUUUCCUGUAAAUUUGAUUCUUAAAACCAUCAUGUAAUUCACUAAAUAAAGGUUCUGAUAAAAUAAGUGUCUCUGUUGAUUGUUACAGCAGUGGCAGAAAGAUGCAUGCAUGCCCACACUGGUGUAUCCCCAUGCAUCUCAAUACUUCUCAUGUUCAUGUAUUAUGCAUACAGUGACUGA